CCUAGUACUUAGACCUAUCGCCGCCCCACAAAGACCCGUUUUUCCAAAUCACUCUUCUUCCUCCUUUUCUGUCAAAGCCCCAUAUCUCACCCUCAAGUCUCUUUUGCCUCCAUUCAAGUUUCUCGCCCUUGUCUAGCACACACCCAUUCCUUUCUCCAACCUUUUCGUCAAUUCUAGCCCAAAUCUUUCCUGGCCUCUCUCCACCGAAGAGCCCAAUAGGCCCAGGUUGCAGCUCAAGCUUCCACCCCUGUAAAACCCCAGGCGGCAUUCUCUAAAGCCUCUACUGUAUUCUGAAUCUCAACUUCUCUUCUCCUUGUAAAAUCUGCACUUGCGCUUCUUCUUCUCACCCAGAUGGAGUACGUGAGCCCAGAAGGUCUUCGCUUAGAUGGUCGGCGGCCCAUGGAAAUGAGACAAAUUCGAGGAGAGAUUGGUGUUGUGGGAAAAGCCGAUGGUUCUGCCGUGUUUGAGAUGGGAAACACCAAGGUCAUUGCUGCAGUGUAUGGCCCUCGAGAGGUCCAAAAUAGGAGCCAGCAGAUGAAUGACAAGGCACUGGUGCGGUGUGAGUACACCAUGGCAAAUUUUAGUACCGGAGAUCGCAUGAGGAAACCAAAGGGUGAUAGACGAUCCACAGAGAUUUCUCUUGUUAUUCGGCAAACCAUGGAAGCAUGCAUUAUGACACAUUUAAUGCCUCGGACUCAGAUUGAUAUUUUUGUGCAAGUUCUCCAAGCAGAUGGAGGAACUAGAUCAGCAUGUAUCAAUGCUGCAACCGUGGCCCUUUCAGAUGCUGGAAUUCCAAUGCGUGAUCUUGUUACUUCUUGUAGUGCCGGUUACCUUAAUAGCACACCUCUACUUGAUUUAAACUAUGUAGAAGAUAGUGCUGGAGGUGCUGAUGUCACUUUAGGUAUUAUGCCGAAGUUGGACAAAGUUACUCUUCUUCAGAUGGAUGCUAAAUUACCAUUGGAUAUUUUUGAAAUGUAAUGCAACUUGCAAUUGAAGGCUGCAAGGCAGUUGCAACAUAUAUUCGAGAAGUAUUACUAGAGAAUACAAAGCAAUUGGAGUAUCGACGAGGCACUUAGUUUCAAAUCAUGGAACUAGGCUUAAAAAAUUAAGCACACUCGGUUGAAGUAACGAGAGAGCUGUUUUUAGAUUCUGAAAGUUGUAUUUGUAACAACUACAACAUGGGCUCUUCUUGUAAAUGAACAUCCUGACAACAAGAUUUUAUAUCAAAGCAGAUCCGUUUAUUUCAAAGACGAUACAUGUAACCAAGGAAGUCCAUAACUAGGCUGACCCUCAUUCGGAAAAUUUUCUAGUGGUCACUCACAAUCAGAUUGGAUAUUAAAGUGAGGAAUGAAUAUAUAUGAUUUUUAAUAUUUUAAUUUCAACGAUUUAUUAUGCU